AUGCCAACAUCAUUGACAAGAGAGCAGGUCGCCGGUGCCCAGCUCGACGGUGACUUUGCAAUAAAGUCGGAAUCAUCGGCACCAAAACUAGACACUUCAGAAUGGCCUUUGCUCCUGAAAAACUAUGAUAAGCUGCUCGUUCGAUCCAGCCAUUUUACACCAAUCCCUUCAGGUUGCAGCCCCUUGAAGCGCGAUAUUUCUUCCUAUGUCAAGUCCGGUGUCAUAAAUUUGGACAAACCGUCGAACCCUUCAUCCCAUGAAGUUGUUGCAUGGUUGAGGAGAAUAUUGCGUGUCGAAAAAACGGGUCACAGCGGGACACUUGACCCCAAGGUGACAGGGUGCUUGAUUGUGUGCAUAGAUCGCGCAACAAGGCUCGUUAAAUCACAGCAGGGAGCAGGAAAGGAAUACGUUUGUGUUCUUCGUUUACACUCUGGCCUUUCAACCCCUGCGGCCCUUCCUCGAGCUCUUCAAACCUUGACGGGUGCCCUUUUUCAAAGACCACCCCUCAUUUCUGCUGUCAAGCGACAGUUGCGCAUCCGCACUAUCCACGAGUCAAAACUUCUUGAAUUCGAUGAAAAACGGAAUCUUGGUGUCUUUUGGGUUUCUUGCGAGGCUGGGACUUACAUCAGAACUCUCUGCGUGCAUCUGGGCUUGAUAUUGGGAGUUGGCGGUCAUAUGCAAGAGUUGCGGAGAGUGCGAAGUGGUGCUAUGUCGGAAAAUGACGAUAUGGUCACGAUGCACGACGUAAUGGAUGCUCAAUGGUUAUACGAUAAUACUCGUGACGAGUCGUACUUGCGGCGUGUCAUUCGACCUUUGGAAUGUUUGAUGAUUGGGUAUAAGCGCAUCGUGGUCAAGGAUAGCGCCGUCAAUGCGGUCUGCUACGGCGCGAAACUCAUGAUUCCUGGGCUUCUGCGUUAUGAAGCGGAUAUUUCGGUGCACGAGGAAGUUGUCUUGAUGACAACCAAAGGUGAAGCCAUAGCACUUGCCGUUGCACAAAUGUCAACAGUUGAACUUGCCACUUGCGAUCAUGGUGUCGUUGCGAAAGUCAAGCGUUGUAUCAUGGAGCGAGAUACUUAUCCUCGGCGUUGGGGCCUUGGUCCCGUUGCGCUUCAAAAGAAGAAAAUGGUCAAGGACGGGAAGCUGGGUAAACACGGCCAGAAACUUGACGGUGUCACUCCAGUGGAAUGGAGUCGUGAUUAUACCGAUUACAGUCGGCAGGAGCAAGUGGCCGAACCCUCAGCAAAGCCAGUGGCCGAACCCUCAGCGACUGUGGUGCCCCCUGAUGUUCAAGAAGCCGCAUCCUCUGACAAAAAAGAAGAUAAAGAGAAGAAACGGAAACGGAAAUCCGAGGUACCAGAACCCGAUGUGGACAAAGCGGAGCGUAAACGGCGCAAAAAAGAAAAAAAGGCGAAGGAGUUGGAAGCGCCUGCUGAUCCAGAUGAAGAUGACGAAGCUCGACGUGCACGAAAAAAACUGAAGAAAGAGAAAAAAGCGAGAGAAUCUAUGGGAGGUGAAUAGUGGUAGCCUUGGCAAAUAGUUAUUUAUUUAAUUUGACGUGGUUUUGUUUUUUAUGUCUUGUUAUUUGUAUCACAUUCCAGGUAUAUUGCAGAAAAUUAAAG